UCCCGGAACGAAAAAUCGCGUGGUUUUUAGGUUAGAAAACGUUUGAGGAAUAUUUUCCUUCACAGAAAUGGAAGAAAUAAAGUGUUUUUGGAGUGAAUAUAAUUUAAUUGGAGAGUGUAAAAGUGAUUUCAAGUCCUUUGUUACCAAGAUUGUAAACUCUGAUGGGUAUAGCAUUGAAGAAGACAGCAUAAAUGAAGCCCUCCGGAUUGUUCAAGUAUGUGCCAAACUUUUUAUCGAGGCCAAUUUUACUGGCCCUGUCCCACCUCCUGAGACUGUCCAGGAGUGUCUGGGUUUGUCAGAUUCAGUAGAAAAAAUAGACAUCAAGAGAUGCACCAUAAGAGAUGGAGAAGAGCUGGAAGUUAAUGUUUCCUUCCCGGAAGUUUUGUGUCUCGCCUUGAGAACUCUGGACUGCUGCAUCUCUGAACAUCUCAAGGUUUUGGUCUGGAAAAUGAGAUUAACAUGCCUUCACCAGGAAGUUCUUGACGACUUGGCAUACUCUAUUUUCAAAUUAUUCAAAGGAAUCCACGAGAAAAUCCUGAAAAGUCCGGAAUUUUCAGCUCUGGAUAUUGUAGAACGUUCCCAGUUAUUGCUUGAAAUUGCCCAGGGAUACCUUAUAUUUCGCAGAGUGAACCCUUGUAGAGAAAUCCUCGAGAGUGUCAAGGCCGAACUCAAAGUAGAUUUGAAGAUAUCAUCCCUUCUUGGCAUGAGGACGCGUUUCCAGACCAAACCCCUUCCUCAGAUGAUCCUCCGUGUUGAGAGGAAAGAUUCCUUCCUGCCCAAUGCUUCAGAAACUCAUGCAGAAACUAUUCUUCCCAAAUUACUUCGCCUGGAUGAUGAUACGAGACUGGAAAAGAUAAAAUUCGUCAAUGAGGAAGAGGCCAAAAUUGACAAUCUCCCGAGUAUCGUGCAAAGUCUAAUUGCCGUGGAGUUUCACUGGCUGCAAAUCUCCCAGCCAAAGGACAAUCUUGCCGAGGAGGAGAUCUAUCCGUACAUUGUGACUCUCUUGCAUCAGGAUUUUGGGCCAUGGCCUGUCAGAAUUGCUGCCCUGAUGGCCAACAUUGAGCUGGAGGCAAAGAAUAGCAGGACUGUGGACAGGAGUCUCAAGCAAUGUGAAGAAAUCCUGAAAAUGGUGAGAAAAUCAGCCACAGAAACACCUCAAAUCAACUUCCAGCUCUCUAGCUUCUUCUCAUCGGGCAUGCUUCCUGUUUGGCGAGCAGAGGCACAACUGGGCAGUCUCAUGAUGUCCCUGGGCUUAGUGAAAUCCGCCUUGGAUGUCUACCGACGCAUCCAGGCCUGGGAGGACGUAAUAAAUUGCUACAAUAUGCUAGAAAUGCGCCAUAAAGCCGAAGAAGUGAUACGGCAGGAGCUGUCCAAGAAUCCCUCAGCAAAGCUCUACUGCCUCCUCGGGGAUGCAACUGAUGAUCCAACCUGGUACGAGAAAGCUUGGGAAUUUUCUCAGCAUCGCAGCGGAAGGGCUCAGAAGCAUUGGGGAAAUUAUUUCUUCGCCAGGAAGGACUAUGCAAAAGCCAUUCCACAUUUCCAGGAAUCUCUGGGAAUCAAUACCCUCCAGGAGCCUCUGUGGCUUCGAUUGGGAUUUGCAGCGCUCGAAAUAGAAGAUUGGACAACAGCAGCUCAUGCCUAUCAGUGGUACACAAUUCUUGAGCCAGGAACCUUCGAAGCUUGGAACAAUUUGGCUAAGGCCUACGUCAAAAUGGGCGACAAACCUCGAGCCCAGCGUGUCCUCCAGGAAGCCCUGAAAUGCAAUUAUGACGUAUGGCAAGUUUGGGAGAACUUUAUGGUAGUAAGCCUAGACACUGGGCACUUUGAUGACGUCCUCAAUGCAUACACCAGGCUCAUGGAACUCAAAACUCGCUACGAGGAUCGUCAGGUUCUGGACAUUCUAACAGCAGCCAUUGAGAAUCACGUUCCCGACCACAAAGGAGGAGAUUCCCAUCGGCUAGCGGACAAAGCCAGCAAAAUCCUAGCCCAAUUGUGCAUACAACACGGCAGGGAGGCUUUCUACUGGGAAGUGGCAGCUCGUGUAGCCAGGGAUCCUCUAGCCAAGGCUCAAAAACUCCUAAAAGCCUUCACGAGUCACACUCAAGGGAAUUCAAAGUGGAAGGAAAAUCCAGAUUCUUGCAAGAAAAUCAUUGAGAUCUGCCUAGAAGUCACGAGGCUUUCCCUAGAAGCUGCUGAGGACUUCAAGGAAGAGAACAAGUCACUGACAUUGUCACAAUUAUCAUCUGCACGGCUUUCAGCUCAGGGUUGCCUUAGAAAUGUCCAGGAAAUUCCAGAUUCUCUGACUGGGAUUCGUGAUGAGCUCAAUUGCAAUCUCCAGAUUCUCACAGAAAAGCUCAAGCAAUUGAACACGUAAAAUUUGCAAAAAGAGAAUCAUGAACCUAGAUUAGCUUAUUGUAGGUGAGAUUCUUAAAAAAAAAAACUUUGCUAUAAAUUGUAAAUAGAAAUCUAAGAAUUUUGAAAAAUAAAAAUUUGAAAUAAAA